AUGCGCCAGCCACGCCACACCGCGCUGCUGCCACUGCUGCCGUGGCUCAUGAUGGUGGUGUGUUGCGCCGGUGUUUGCGUUGCCGCUGAUCCCGCCGUGAAGCACCGCUGUGGGUUUGACGCGAUGAUGAAGAAAUACGGCCGGCUGCCGACUGCGGUGGUGCGUGAGGUGCCGCGCCGGGGACAGGGCGCCGUGCAGGCGUACACCGCCGCCAGCGAGGAUGGGGACGAUGGCUGGGCUCCGAUCCGCAUCAAGGUGUCCGCGGAGGACAUGUACAAUCCGUUGAGGCACUGCACUGCGGCGGGGGAUCUGCGCAUUGACCACUUUCGCCGCGCAAUAACAUGCGAGGCGGACGACGUGUUGACGGAGGAGAGGAGGAGCAUUAUUCUGAGGCAAACUCUCCCCGCCGCAAUUCAGCUGCACGCGGAGCGUCUCUCCGUGAGGCCCGUGACGCGCCCCGUCCUCAUUCCUCGAACCGGUCUGGGGAUGUGCGAUAACUUCACCAUCCCACACAAGCACCACACGGUGGGUGUGGUUGGUGCCGACAUGAUUAUCUACGCCAAUAUUUUUCCGACUUCUGAAUCAAGGGCAUGGGCGAUUCCGUGCUUCCUGCUGGAUGAUGGUCGUCCAUUUGCUGCUGCCGUGAACUUUGACCCGAAGCAAAUAGCGGUGACAAAUGGAGACGUGCGUGUAGCGGCCCACGAGUUGGGGCAUGCCCUUGGGUUUGUACGGGAGAUGUUUUUGAUGUUACAUAUGAUUUCCGAGGUCCCGAACGUGCGCGGGAUGUCCAAGGUGUUGGUGAUUUCAACGCCGAAGACGAAGGCGAUGGCGCGUCAGUACCACAACUGCCCCACGCUUGAGGGCAUUGAGCUGGAGGACGAGGGUGGUUCUGAAACUGUACUGUCGCAUUGGAGGAAGCGCAACGUGAAGAACGAGAUGAUGACUAGUAUUGUGGAGGUUGGGCUGUACUCGGCACUGACGCUUGCAGCGUUUGAGGACAUGGGUGUUUAUGUGGCAAACUACAGUGCGGCGGAGUUGUUGUGGUGGGGCAACAACUCUGGCUGUGGGCUGCUGGAAAAGAAGUGCUUGACCGACGGCAUCAGCGAAUACCCUGAUCUGUUCUGCAACCAGGUUGACGUCUAUGAUUUCUGCACGUACGACCGUCUGUCCCUGGGGCGCUGUGACCUGAAGAGGCACGAGGAAGCCCUGCCAGAGGAGUAUCAGUACUUCGCUGAUCCCCGAGUUGGCGGUGAUGACCUCUUCAUGAGCAGAUGUCCGUAUGUUGAGGCGUAUUCUGAUACUGGGUGCACCAACGGCGAUCCUUCCGUAAUGCCUGGCUGUGUCGUUGGUCCGAACUCGCGGUGCGUGAAGGGGCAGGAGCUUCAAUUCGACGACGAAUAUAUUGGCGAUGCGUGUGUGGACACUCGAUGCGGCGACGGCACACUGAGCGUGCGGUUUCUUGAUGACGAUGCGUGGCACGAGUGCCAGGCAGGUGAGACCGUCACGCCGCCAUCGGGUCCCUGGCGUGGGAGCAUUGUGUGCCCCCAAUACGCCGAUGUGUGCACCGCCUUCCCGAACAUCAGCAGCCACCCAAUACCGGUCGUUGACCCGCCACUAGCGGACGACCCGACAUCCGCGGAGGAUGCGGAGGGAGACGAGGGCGAGGUUCCGAGGAAGCGGCCGCGGCGACUUGCCUUUGUGUUUUCACUUCCGUGGAGCGCCGGAACCUGCGCAGUCGUGAAGGAAAAGCAUCUUGUUGAUCUUAUCGUGGCGCACCGUCGGCGGUCUCUGGUUCGGCCUGAGGCAUGCGUGCGCGUGCUCGUUGGGCUUGUCCGCAAUACAUAUGAAUCACGUGCCCUUAUGGAUGAGCCGCGCAGUCAGACGCUGAGGGAGUUGUGUGGCGAGUUUUCUUUUUUUUGCACAUGUCCGUGGUCUGGCGAUGGAUCUGCCAGCCCCAGAGGCUGUGUUGGUCGUAAAUGCCCUGCAACGGGUACCUUGAAGAGCAUUGUGCAGUUCCCACCGACGUUCCGCAUCCAGCUCGGCAAUCGUGGUCUGUUGCGGCCCCUUCUCCCCGAGGCUUGCGUAGGCGAACUCCGCGGUGUCGGGGACCGCAACCUCGCUUCGCGCCGGGGGAGCGACGACGCCCCCCGACUGAGAAGACGCAGCGCAGCCGGUGCAGGCCAUAACUGA